CAGCCCUCCCUCCUUUCUGUGCACCUUGCGGUAGGCAGAGCGCGGUGGUGGCGGCGGCAGCCGGGGGCUCUGCUCAGGGAGGCGGACCUAGGGACCGCAGACGGGCGGACAGACGGAGGGACCGUCCCCGAGCCCCGCACCAUGGCCGAGAGGAAGCAGUCCGGGAAGGCGGCAGAGGACGAAGAGGUCCCUGCCUUUUUUAAGAACCUGGGUUCAGGAAGCCCCAAGCCCCGGCAGAAAUUCUGUGGCAUGUUCUGCCCGGUGGAAGGGUCUUCGGAGAACAAGACCAUCGACUUCGACUCGCUGUCGGGCCGGCGUGCCGGCGGGGAGCCAUCUGUUGAAUCGGGCCGGAAGGUGGCGAUCCGGCGGGCCUCGGGCAAGGAAGCCCUGCAGAACGUCUACGACCAGAGUGAUCGUCUUCUGAUCAAAGGAGGUAAAAUCGUUAAUGAUGACCAGUCAUUCUAUGCAGACAUAUACAUGGAAGAUGGGUUGAUCAAGCAAAUAGGAGAAAACCUGAUUGUGCCAGGAGGGGUCAAGACCAUCGAGGCCCAUUCCAGGAUGGUGAUUCCCGGAGGGAUCGACGUCCAUACCCGCUUCCAGAUGCCUGACCAGGGAAUGACUUCUGCUGAUGACUUCUUUCAAGGCACCAAGGCAGCUCUGGCUGGUGGGACCACCAUGAUCAUUGACCAUGUCGUGCCAGAGCCUGGGACAAGCCUGCUGGCUGCCUUCGACCAGUGGAGGGAAUGGGCCGACAGCAAGUCCUGCUGUGACUACUCUCUGCACGUGGACAUCACCGAGUGGCACAAGGGCAUCCAAGAGGAGAUGGAGGCCCUGGUGAAGGAUCAUGGGGUAAAUUCCUUCCUCGUGUACAUGGCUUUCAAAGAUCGCUUCCAGCUGACGGAUUCCCAGAUCUAUGAAGUCCUGAGCGUGAUCCGGGACAUUGGUGCCAUCGCCCAAGUCCACGCAGAGAACGGCGACAUCAUUGCGGAGGUACUGUGCCUUCCUCUCCGUCAUUUCUUUCUGCAUGAGCCCCAGGGCGAGAG